AUCGCAAGUCAUCCAGUCCAGGACGGACGCAUAUAGAAUGAAAAGAGAACGAUGACAGAGAUACAUAUCCCAAACUUUGACGACGAUGAAGACCUCCCCCUUCCCGUCUUUCCAUCGACUCAUUCGUCCUCCAACUCGUUCGAUUCGAGCUCUGGCUCGCCAGGAGGGGCUUCGGGAAGCUACAGCAAGCGUAGCGCGAGUCCGUUUACGAGAAAAAAGAAACCUCGAGCCGAUUCGUCAGAAUCGUCUUCCAGGUCGCCUUUCGCUUUUCCUCAUUCCCACCCGCACCAGGCAGGCAUGAUCGCCGGUUCGUCUGCCUCGGGAGCACAUUAUACAAAGGUUUCGGAUAACUACUCGACGAACCAGCAGCAAACACCAUCGAGACCGACGUUUAAACAACGAUCGGCAUCAUCCACUCAGCCCAACCUCAACUCGCACAUUACCCGUAAUCACGCCGAUCCUUCCCCAAUCUCAGCUGUUCCAGGAUCAUCCUCUAGCACGAGCUUCUUCUCUAUGCCAACAUCUCUGUCCGCUUCGAUCAACCCAUCCACGGGUUAUGCGGGGUUCGCGAAUCUGCCCGCCGCGGGGGAGAGCUCGACGUCGAUCACCUCCCCGCCCAACCCGGCAUUUCAUCACUCGGAACGCCCGAGCAUGCCUACGAAAAAGGGGAGUUUCGCCAACCUGAAGAACGCUUUCAAGGCGGCUACUUCAGGCAAGAGUUCGGCGGCAGCUCCGUCGUCAUCGAGUGGAGCGGGAGUUGGAACCGGAUCGGGGAUCUCAAGUCCAGGCGCUCAUAACAGUAAUAACUACCACGGGAAUGGCCAUAUGAAUGGCAACGGAUCCGGUCCGUCUACCCCGACGUCCGCGCAGACACCUGUUGGGAACACGUAUCCUGCAUUGAGGAACCCGUUCAGUCGGAGUUUCAGCUCGAACGCCUUGCCAGGUACUGCACCUGCGUCGGCGGGGGUCCACCCGAGUGGGAUAUCGCUGCGGUCUGUCGAGCGGACGGGCUCAGCGUCUACGUCGGCUGCGGGAGCGGGAGGCUCGCUCGGACCUCAGAGCGGAAAGACUUCGAUGGGCGGGAAGAUGUAUAGGGUCAAGGAUAGGCCGUCGGCGCAGACCCAAUAUCAGCCGGCAACGUCGUCUAGAAAGCUCGGAAUGUCUAACGCGUCAAAUCGGCAACCAGUCCAACAACAUCAGCAACAGCGCAAUCACCAUCGUGCACAGGCAUCGAUCACGACUGCGAGUUCGAUCGGUUCCGGGUCUGUGGGGUCGCGGUACAACUCCAGCGGAGUGUCCCGGGUUCGGGAAGACGUCGAGGAGGAAUCAACCAUGACGAGACCUCCCGGUUCAGCCCCGCUCUAUCCUUCGAAAAGAGCUUCUCACGGGUACUCGUCCAGCGAUCAUAGCCUGCAGCCGCAUCAUCACCCGCGGCAGGCCGAUCUUCAUAAUCUCGUACAUCAACAACCCGGUGCAGAGAGUUUCGUGAUUCCCGAGCCUCGAAGUCCAGGUGAGAUCGUCAUGCACGAGCUCUUCCGGCGGUUCGUGUCCCGUUCUGCGGACAAGCUGGACCACGUCGUGGGGCAACCGCUGUUCAACGCAGAGCCGGGUUUGGGGUUCGUAGCUCCAGGUAAAGACACUGGGUACGACGACCUGCUCAGGUCGGUUGCGGGUGUGUCGAAGGAUUAUCCGCGGGAGGUCAUUGAAUUCGUUUCGGGGUGGGGAAAGAGUCAGGGUGGGUCGGUGCAGCUGGAAGAGCAAGAAGACAUGGUGAAAGACCCUCGGAUGCGGGAGAUCGAGGCGAUACUCGAUGAAAGGCGAAGGUCGACGGCUCAAUACAUCGUGCAUCGGACAUUCUUAGAGAGCAUCCGCCAGAACAAUCAGCUGGAACCAACCUUGUUUGUAGAGAUGGAGCAGGGCGUCUUUGAGGCGUAUACGGCACAGGAAUCGUCACUCCAGAGUGCUACCCCGCUCGAUCAUAGAAUGGCUACCGACAUGACGCUGGAGCUGCUCAGCGCCAUGUCAGCUCGUUCACCGAAUCCGAUCGUCGAACGUUUCCUCACACGGCUGGCUGCCCUUCUGGACUCCCAGGCAGCUCCAGAGGAAACGGACGGACGAUCGACGGUACGGCACCUGCUCAGAGGCUUGCUGUCAUUGCCAGAUUCGGUCGUGCUGAAUUCUCCAAGUACGCUAGGGACGCUGGGUAUGCUAUUCUCACAGUCUGGCUCGUCUGGCAUCCGAGAAGCCUUUGCGUUGGAGUUGCUUCCUUUCCUGAAACGGCUAGAAAAGUUACCUGUCGUUACUAUAGAACCCUUUGAACAGGCCAUCUCCACCAUAUCGAGCCAGGCGGACAGACUCUCGACCGAGCCAGGACUUUGGUCACUAGCAUUCCCGCUCUCAGUGACAUGCCUGAAUCUAGCACCAAGUGAUGAACACGAGCGAGCAUGGCAGUUCCGGCUGGAUCAAGCGGCAGGUAUGCUGAAAAGUCCACAGCACCGAGCCUGCCACGCUGCUGCACUUGCUGGAAUGUUACGUAUAGUCCAGGGAUGCGCCCGACGCCAAGCGAGGUCGAAUACGCCGGUGGAUGACCUGUUCUCGGUCAUCAAACGUGUCGCAUGUGGAACCGAAGGCGAAGCUCUGGCCGGGCUGCUAUCGCUCUCGGAAGCAGCCUCGGGAGUCUUGGACGGAUAUGCUCAACGGCGGGUGGCAUCAAUCGACAUCGAGCUCAACGCAAGCCGUACGACACCAGACACGCAGGACGCAACAAUGAGGGUACGGACGAUCAAUAAAGUGCCAGAGCCAGAGCGCACAUUUGCAAACGGGUCCCUCCCCAAAGACGACACGCUGGGCGACUUGGUUGGAACGCUGCAUGAGCUGAAUCAGUUCUUUACGGAGGCUGACCAUGACGAGGACGGCGAUAUCGGCGUGAACAACGAAAUGAUCACGCCAGUCAGACAUGGCAGGAUGAGGACGGCGCGACCUGGCGGUGCUGGCUCGAGAGGUACAUCGAUGUCAUCGACCGAGUGGAAUCUCGGUAUAUCGCCGUCGGCGUCUUCCGAUUCAGAAGACCAAGACCAUACCCUCUCUCCGCAAGUCGAAGCCUGGCGGUAUGUUGGCGGAGCAGCCUCUCGUCAUCGAGCGCGGCCUUCGAUGUCGUCGUCUGGUUCUGCGCAACGUGGGAGAAACAUGUUUGAUCUCGAGGAGGAGACGACGCCGAGUCGCGGUGACGCUCCGAGGCAAUAUCCCGCAUCAGCCGGUGGUCAGCAGAGAAAACCGGGUCAAUUGCGCGCGCUGGUAUUAGGGGGUACAAGGUUGUAGUAGCAAGAGUCGAGAUUCAUAAACAGCGAUCAUCAGUCCG